AUGAUGCCUACCUACCUAGGAAAGUUAACGUGGUCAUACUUUUUUACCACUUUAGGACUAGCUUGUGCUUACAACGUAACAGAACAAAUGGAAUUUGAUCAGUUCAAAUCAGAUUACCUUGCCUGUCUCGCACCAGAACACAGAAACAUUGUAGUCGAUUUGGCUAGUAAUGGAUUCAUAACAAUUUCACCGAUGGCGAAUGCAACAAUUGACUUUGAGGAUGUAACUAGUGAUUAUUUUAACUGCACUGACGUCAAUACUAACGUACAGGUUACGAUCGCGUCAUUUUACAAUGAAUACGGUUUUGGGCCCGAUGAUAACGGCUAUUAUCACGCUAUGGAAGAACCCUCAGAAUUUGAACGGCAUGACAUGGAUGUUAGGCUCUACAGACCAUACUAUCCAGGUGAGUUUGUCAUGGGAAGACGUUCAGAUGCACUUGGAGUGACUGGUUUUGACCAAAAGGACUGCGCAGGUGAGGGUUUUUACGACGAACAAACUGCAGCAACGUCAUGUCAAAAUAUAGGCUCCACUCAGUACGCCAAGUCGGUCAGGUCUUAUAACUAUGGAUGCUGCGGCGGGGCGGUCUGGAUCAGGAUUUGGCCGCAUCACAAUUGUUCAAAAGGUCAUGAUCACCAUUUCAAGAUAAGGCCAGGCCAGAUGCUAUGCUGGAAUGUCAACCCAUAUUCUUGGAUGCAACCAGAAUCCGGAUGGAAUCCGUAA